AUGCAACAAAUCACAAGCACCGCCAAUCUUAGCAUUGGGGAGAUAUCUCUCCGACGAGUACCGUUCCAAAGUAAGCAGAUCACCCACAUCCAUACCAUGCGAGACCGCAUACUGAAUCGUUCGCGCGAGGGACGCCACAUCCGCCAAACCGAGGUUCAAACCCUGGCCCGCGAGCGGGUGGAUGACAUGCGCGGCAUCGCCGACUAG